AUGAGCAAGCAAGACGUGCCCAGCAGUAUCAGCAGUCCCAUCGCGACACAGGAGCCGACCUCUACGGGCAUCCACCAAGAUUCGCCACCCGCUUUCGACCAGAAUGUACCUCCGGCGACAAUAGCUCGAACGGAAAGCUACAUGAUGUUCGUGGAGAACGCGAGCGAUUAUGACAGUCCCCCGUCCCCUGGUAGUGCGCCUCCUCCGCCGACGUAUCGAGAAGCCAAUGCUGAACCCAGCUCGAACAGCGCCCAGCAACGUAUGAGCCCGGCUGCAUAUCCAGGUCCUUUGCCGCAAGUGGUACAAUUCUACAAAGGCAAUGGUAUCACUUCCAAGGCGCGUCUCGUGUCACUCACUUCCGAACAGGGAGGCAGUUCGACUCCCAUAGAAUACCGACUCGUUGCUUCUCUUCACAAAACAUCACCAUCGAUCAUCAAGCUGUAUUCAGGCACCGACACUUCUCGUGGCAAUUGCCUCGGCACCGUAAACUUUCCGCCUACAGAUAACAGUUUCCAAAUGUUCACCACUGGUCUGGAAGGCAGUAGCGACAGAGAAGCCAGACUCAUCCAAGUUCGUGCGAGAAUCGGACGGCCACACCCUACCUCCUACACCUUUACCCUUCCCGGAGCGCUUGAUAAACCCGAAAAGUCUGGCAGCGGCACAAGAGAACUCGCUUGGAGUCGAAUUCCGAGUGGCUACGCUCUCGCAGACACCACUUUUCACACUCGCAUCGCGAAGUGGCAGAUCGUGCAAGGGGAGAAACACAAUGCGGAAUUGAAAUGGGAGCCAGGACAUCCGAGAAGUCGGCUGGAGGAGAUCGUCGUCGUGUUGAGCUUUGUGGGCAGUAUGUCGAGGCUGACACUGAAAGGAAAGGAUAUGUCAGGAUUGCCGAGUAGCGGACGCUGGGGUGCCUUUUGGUUCAUGGCGGUAUUGGGCACAGCUGCUGUGGCAGAUUUCUAG